CUAGACGGAGAUGUGUGCUCUCCUGUUCCUAGACGAUGAAGAAUUGUAUAUCUAUGCAGCAACAUGAUGCUGUGAUGAACUACGAGACUGAAAUCGAAAUUCGGUAGAAGUGGGUCGUUUUGCAUCUCCAAUCGCUCCCAACUUCUAUUCAGAUCUUCUCUAGUGUGUCCUACUCAUGUCCUAAGUAAAGGGCUCAUUGUUCGUUGUAACCAGAAAUUAUACUGUGUGUUUCGUAAGGAAAACGAGAUAACAUGAUGUGGUCGGGGUGAUUGUUGUUGCACUUCUCAUCAUUUUAAUUCUAAUUGUGAAUGUAAGAAUUGAAAUCUUUUCGUGCAUGUGAGGUUCAUAGUGCAUUUUUCGCGGAUUUAGUGUAUCAAGACAGCAGUCUUUGAUAGAGAUAGAUGUUCCUUUCUAUGGCUAGUGCCAAUCUUCACGAUCUUUUGCUUUUCAUCUUUCUCUAGAAUUUUGAUCUGUUGGGUCAAGGACCAUGUAUUUUUUAUCGACGUUUCCGAAUUUCGAAUAUUUAUUAGUCUGUUUCAUGGGUGAGUACUUGUUCCAUCUAAUCGUGUAUCCAUCUUUCUCCAUGCAUUCCGUUUCCUGCAGAUGAAAUGCUCCGCGUCCUCCCUUUGGUUCUAGAGGAUAUCGAGUUAUCUCAUACGGUAUUCACAAAGUCAUAGUUUUCAUCCCGCCCUGAAUACCUGAUAUCAUCAUCUUCUCAGAAUUUACCCAACCGCAUAGUGAAGAAGCAAGAUAAUAUACACAGUGAUACCAUGAAAUUUUCAUUGUUUUGAUUUCACUUGUCCCCUCACCGAAACAUUAUCUACCACAAUUUUCAUCAGAAGUGGACAACAUCGAACAUACAACCGAAGAGCAUCCAUACUCGUACUUAUAUUUUUCGUGGUUUGAAAAUCAAAAAGAUGUCGAACAAGUUGCUGGAUGCUAGUCUUGAUGACCUCAUCAAGACCAAGAAGAAGGGAGGCGGCAAGGGUAGCAAGGGUAGCAAGUCUCCAGUCAAGAAGACGAACCAGAAGGGGGCACAGAAGAAGGGGAAAGGAAAAGGCGGAAAGGCUAACAAGACCCAAAAGCCAAAUGACAAGAAGAAGGGAGCCGAUGGCAAGAAGAGCAAGGUGAGCAUUCUUCUUACUUAUGUAUGUUUGCUUAUUUGGUCGAACAAGAGUAAGAAAAGCAAAAGCGAAGUCACGAAUUUUUACGCUGUACUACUAGAAGUUUUAUGAAACCACUACAGUUCUUAAGAAAAAAUGGCUGGGCAAAGAAUCACAACUUUAUUGUAUCUAUGUAUCGUAGGUGAACACCGAGGAGAAGAUGAAUAUGAGCUUGGAUGGUGUGAUGAAGCUCACGAAGCCCGUGAAGCGGACUAAAGGCCAGGGAAAGCAGCAGAAGCAGAGCACCCCAAUGAAAAAGGCGACCCGACCAAUGAAGACAUCCACUCUUGCCGCUAAGCGUGCAUUGGCUAAGCGAGUGGUCCGAAAGGCCGCAGCGAAGACCACGAAGGGAAAAGGAAAGGGCAAGGGAACGCAAAAGCAGGUUCGCGUGGUCAGAAAAAACAACCAAAAAACACGCAAAGGACCACAAACAAAAGGUGGCGUCAAUCUCAGCAAGGGACAGGUACGUCUUUUGGCAGACGUAUUUACAAUGUGAUUGAUUGAAUAUUGAAAGUGACAUAUUGAUGAUAGAGUCUGUCGUGGUCUGCGAAAAUGAUCACGAGGAGCAUCAGGAUGACGACAAUCAAGAACCAUAGAUCAUGACUUUGAGCUAGUUAUACUUGUUAUCUGGCUGUCUUCACACGCGUCUCAGGGCAAGAACGGCAAAGGAAAGAACAACUGGAACAACGCGCCGCAGCAGAAGGGCAAAGGUCAGUUGCAGAGACAAAAUAGCAAGGGAGGCAAGGACAACAAGGGCGGCAAAGAUAACUGGCAACAGGGAGGAAAGAGCAAAGGCGGUUACAACAACCAGGGAAAAAACAAUAGCUGUAAUGAGAUUUAUUAUGAUAACUGAAACUUAGGUUUCUGGAUUGAUUGAGUGACACUCAAACAGCAACCUCUUUGUUCUGACUCAUACUCUACUUUAGACCAUACGCACUUCUUUGUAGCACUAGGAUCCACAUUAUUUCCAUUCAAUAAACACAGUCAACUCCUGGGAUAACCAAGGAAGCUGGGGUGGAUCCUGGAAUAAUGGAGGAAAGGGCAACGAUAACUGGAGCUCAUGGAACCAGAACAGCAACUCCUGGGGAAAUAACAAAGGCAAAGGCCAGAACAACGGAUACUCAAAUCAUGUACUUCGACUUGAUCUAUAUUUUUUUACUCGUCUUUGAUGUUAACUCACGUACGGUCACGACUGGACGUGGUGUUUCUGAAAAAUAUCUGUUGUUCGAUCAGCAUGUUCUUGAAGGAGUAUGUUUCUAAGCUCUUCUUGUUCAAGAUCAAAUUUCCUUCCACCUAUAAUAGCGAAGUCAGAUGAAUGACCAAUCUUGAUCGCCUUCACUCACAACUUCUUUUCAGAACAACCAAUCUUGGAAAGAGCAGGAGCAAGGUGGAGACCACAGGGAAUUUCUCCGGGAUUCCUAUGGAAAGUCCUACAACAACAGACAGCAGAACCAGCUUCCGCCUCCGGUUGCCAAGUACAAGGGAACUGGUAAAAAGAUAACCCUAUUCAUUGUUUUGUGAAAGUAAGCAAGAAGAACAACUCUUCCUGUGCUACAUUUGUUGAUUGCUUGCUCGUUUUUCUUCGUUCCGCCAGGACCAACAAAAAAUUUAUUUAUUAAAGUUCUUGACUCGUCCCAAUCCAUCCCAUCAUAACAUUGUUUAAUACUUCUACAGGUAAGUGCAUCCAGAUCGCGAACUGCCCAUCGAAUUUGAAUAAGGGAGAACUUCGAGGUGCAUUCCAGGACGUCGGAACCGUUACCCAUGUCGAAUUGGACACCCACGCUCAGGUAUAAUUGAAAACUAGAAUAAUACUGCUCACUGGAGGAGUAAUUCAAACUUGAAAAUAUACUGAAAUGAAAAGUGUUGAUGUACUCUCCUCAAUUAUUUUUAUUUUCAUUUUGUUUCUACAUCAGCUUGCUUGGCUCGUGUUCGAGCAGAGCCGCGACGCAUACGAAGCAGAGCACCAGUUUGACGGUGGCGAGAUCAACGGAUCUACGAUCAAGAUUACGAUCGUCUAAGCGUGUCUCGGUACCUGGCAGACAAGAACGGAUUACAGUAUCUUCAUGGAGUUGUAUGGCUAUGGGUAACUCAAAGAAAUGCUAUUGAUGUCAAUAACAUGCUCUGAUUCUGGUGGUAGAGCUUUUAGUUGUAUUUGGCGGUUGGACUAAUAGUAGUCUGAUUAUUGUUGAGUCGGGAGGAGUCACUUGUUGGAAUGUAUCAUACGCUGAACUACAUAUUACUAUACUAUGUAUUAGGAGUCCUUAUCAUAGCAUGUAUUACUAUGAAUGCUCGUCCUUGUUCUAUAGUACUACACAAAAAUUAUGAUGAGAUCCAUAUCAAUCUUCUAUAACUAUACGCAAAUCUGGAAUUUAUUAUAGUUGAUGAGCAUCUGGUCGUGUCCACUGCUUAUAUAUAAUUGACCAAUAACAUUCUUAAUAUUCAUCUAUUCCUUAAACGUCAAAUUAUUGGAAUCAAUCAAACCCUCAAGUAAAUAUACAAAUGAGACGAGCUACUGCUACAUUUCAAAAACAAAAGAGAAGAUGACUAUCCCGCAAAUGAAUCGAUUUGAUAUAGAACCACUAUGGCGAACUAAACUGGCAAGAAUAGCAAUCACUGAAUUAACUUGUAUACCACCCCAUCCAAUAGUAGAAGUGAACAAUUAGUUCGGAGGGCAGCCACUUAGGGAGGGUAGUGGCAGCUUUCUACAUCCAUGUACUUACCACCGACUGGUGGUAAAAUAGGAAAAAUAUGAUGCAAGUAGAUACUUUCGCAGCACAUGCGUGGGGACGAGCGCGCUUCUGCGUGUAUAUUUUUGAUUGGGAAACUAAACAUUAUCGAGCAGAACUAACUAGAAAAUGAAAGGGGGAGAUACUCUUACGACGCGACACAUGACAACCAUGAUUCUCAACAGCUAGAUGAAGAAGCCUCUUGCACAUAGUUGAUAUCAUUGCAUGGUCCACCACCCUCCCUACAUAGACAAAUAAUGAUUAGCAUCUUGUGCAGGGGAAGCGAAAAACCGCCGUGCCACUAUCAGCAUGGACUUGAAAAUGAAGUCGAAGAGGUAUAAGUAUCUUCUUCGAUUCAACAAAGGAUGACAGAAGGAGGAAGCAGUUACAUCUUUUGUUAGUGUGUUGCGUGAAGAUGAGUCGUAUCGUGGUUAUGGGAGUAUUUCCACGUAUGAAACCCGAAAAAUCAAGAACUCUUUAUCUGCUGUAGAAAUGCUUAACACACAUGGGAAACAAAUACAAAAUUAAAAGACUUAAUCAGAUCCAGCACAAGCAAAGCGUGCCGGAACGGG